AUGGCUGGCAAAGGUAACAAGAAGAAGAAGAAUAAGAACAACGCGAACAACAAUAAUAAUCGGCUUCCCGUCGGGGUCAACAACACAUCCCAAGAGACACAAGACGCCCCAGACGAGCUUGCCAUCGGGUCGGCUCCCGCAACUCCCGAAGAUGAGCUCGUUAAGGAUCAAUAUCGAACUAUCGAUCGGGAUGAUGGCUAUAAAUAUGCAUACUAUCCCAUGGUCUCGGGCAACAAUGAUCUGACAGAAGAAAAUGCUCAGGACAAUGAUGAGCCCAGUGCCACCGAACCAACAAAUGAACGAGGCGAGACUGCCGAAGCCAAGCCAGAAGAGUCUUCGACGCCGCAAGAUGACAGCGCAACGGCAGCAACACCAGCAGCAGAGUCCACCGAAGCUGCGAGCCCUCCGACUGAGGACAACUCUGCUGAAACAGCCGGCGCACCUGGUAAAGAUACAAAGGCUGAGGCUGAAGACACAUCCAACGCGGAAGCCCAGCCCCAGAGCCCAGAGACUGAAGACGCCUCCGCGGCAGCCGUCGAUGAGCCCCCUGCGGAAGCUGCAGACACAGAAAAGGCCGAUGAAAGCCCAGCUCCACCAGAGGAAGGUGAUGCAGCAAAGCCACCAAGUGAUGAAAAUGGAGGCAAUGACGACGAUUUUCCACCAGUUGACCCUGAAGCUGGGCAUGACGGGGUAGAGUCUGAGAAGGAAGAAGCUGCGAAGCAGGCCGCCGAGGAGGCCCAGGAAGCCCAGCUAGCAGAGAGUGACGGCGCAAAUGACGCUUCGGCCGGUAAUGAUCAUGCGAAUGACGCGCCGACUGAGCCAAGUCCUCCGGAGGACAAUUCGGCUGAGAAUGCCUCAUCAUCAGAGGUCGUUGAGGAGAAAACAGUCGAAAGUUCCCCCUCGCAAGAGGACUCUCCCGCAGCCGUUGAUGACACUUCGACCGAGACGCCUUCUGGCAAUGGACCAACUGCUGCUGGUGAGAAUGUCGCCGACGCCAAAUCACCGGCAGGUGAAGAUGAAGCCGAAAAUAAGCAAGUUGAACCCACAGACGCCGAUGUUAAAGCCGAAGAGAGCGCUCCAGCAGAGGCGAGUCCGCCAGAAGAGCCUGCAGAAGAAGCUCAGGCUCCUAUUUCCAAACAAGCAAAGAAGAACGCCAAGAAGAAGGACAAGAAGAAGAAGAAAGCAGGAGGAUCUUCGGUACAAGAGGAGGCUCCUGCAGUUGUUGAAGACAGCCCAGCUGAGUCGCCUCCACUGGAAGAGCCGGCAGUAGCUGAUGACAGCGUCGCCAACGCCGAGUCAGCUCAGUCUGAAGCAACAGAAGCGCCAGAUCAGACUAAAAUCUCAGAGACGCCAGUGGCCGCAGAUGAAGCUGAAAUCAAACCAGCAGACGAUGCCGCCAUUGAGCCUGAGGUGCCAAGCCAACCCGAGAGCGCUCAAGAGCCAGCUGUUGCAGAUGAAGCUGAAAACAAAACAGCCGAGUCUGUAGACGCUGUUGCGGAAGCCGACGAAGCUGCCCCGAAAGAGACGGAGGCAAGUGCACCUGCUGAAGAGCCGGAAGAGGAAGCUCCUGCUGCAUCUUCAAAGAAGGGCAAGAAGAAAAAGGAGAAGAAGAAGGACAAGAAGAAGAAGGCAGAAGAUCUUUCUGUGCAGGAAGAAGCUCCUCCGGUUCUUGAAGACACCUCGGCCGACUUACCUCCUGCUGACAACCCGACUGCGACUGAUGAUGCUGUCGCGGAUGCUGACACGCCAACGCAACCCGAAAUCCUCGAGACACCGGAUCAGUCCAAAAGCGAUGAAGCAGCAGCAGCCACCAACGAAGCCGAAAGCAAGCCAGUAGAUGGCAGCGUACCCGCAAAUGCUGAAGAAGCCGCUGAACACGAGAGUAGCGAGGCAUCGUCACCAGCAGAGGAGACUGAAAGCAAACCAGCUGACGAUAGCUCCGCCGCUGCUGAUGUGCCGGCUAACAACGAAGACGCUGAGCCGCCGAUUGUCGCCGUGGAAGAGGUGCCGGCAGAGGUGGGAAACACUGAGCCGCAAGCAUCUGGAGAAAGUGACGAAAUCCAGCUUAAUCCGGGUGAGACUGCAGAAGCUGACAGCAAGGUCGACGAGAGUGCUCCCGUAGAUGAGAGUCCUUCUCCAGAAGAGCCCGAAGACGAUACUCCGGCUAUGUCUUCCAAGAAAGGCAAGAAAAAGGAGAAGAAGAAGAAAGGCAAAAAUACCAAAGCUUCUGAGCCUGAGCCUGAGUCGACACCCACGCCAGUCGAGGUCCCAACCUCUGAGCCCGCACCUGAUGCUGAACCCGAGAGUGAGGCCAGCAAGUCCACGGCAGAUGCCCCUGUUUCCAUUGACGAACUGAAAGAGACAGUGGAAGACCAAGGUGUAGUGUCGGAGGAACCCACGGCUGACAACGGAGGGGAUCUGAGAGAAGACCCUGUGACUUCCAUCGAGGAUGCUCCCGAGGCUGAUCAAACCGCCGAAACCAAUGAUCCCGCUGUUGCGGAAGAAGAGGGGCCUCCACCUACAGGCGAAGUAUCUGUGGCCGAGGCGGCUCCAUCGGCUGAAGCCGAAGAAGUAUCUACAGAGGCGGCAAACUCUGAGGCUGCAGUUCCUCCCGAGGUUGAAAAGGAGAUCGAGACGCCAGUUGAUAUACAGGAAGAUCUUGCACCGACCGAGGAAGAGCCUGCGGUUGAAGUACUCAGACACGAAGCAGCUGAAUCCGAGACGACAAAUUUGGACGCCACUCCAGCAGAGUCGGUUGCUGAGCCUGCAGAUUCAGUCGAAGCGCCCGCAAAGGUGGAGGAUCAUCCGGUAUCAGAAGAGCCUGUGCUGACGAAGGAGCCUCCAGCACCCGAGGUACCCGCGGAUCCUAAAGCAACUGAGGAGCCUAUAGAGACGGAAGCGCUGCCGGUAGUGGAGGAUAAUUCAGCGCCAGAAGAAUCUGCGACGACAAAUGAGGCUGCAGUCGGGGAAGAGCCCACAACACCUGAAGCCUCCGAAGCACCUCAAGCAUCCGAAGUACCUGAAGCACCUGAAGCAUCAGAAGUACCCGAAGUACCCGAAGUACCUGAAGCACCUGGAGCAUCCGAAGUACCCCAAGCAUCCCAAGCACCCGAAGUAUCCGAAGUACCUGAAGCACCUGAAGCAACCGGAGCAUCCGAAGCACCUGAAGAACCUGUGGUGACGGAAGAUCCUGCAAAGACAGAGGAUGUUGGACCGGUAGAGGCGUCUCUGGCCGUGGAAGAGCCGCCGUCGGCAGCGGAGGCAGCUAAGGAUGAAGCUGCUGCAAGCGAUGACGUCGCUCCGGCAGUCAUAGAUGACAAACACACUUCAGACGAAGCCGCGACGGAAGCGCCUGCUCAGACCCCCUCUCUUGUUGAAGAAACCCCUGGGGAAUCUGCCGCUAGCGACGAAUCUGCUGAGAAGCAGGUCAAUGAGCUGGUGGCAGAGGAGACUGUUGCCGAAGAACUAAUCCCUUCGGAUCCGAUUCCAGUUGCACCAGAGCCUGAGGCCGAGGCUCCUCUAGCUCCUCAUGAAGACCCGACCCCAGCUGAUGCACACCCCGAAUCUGUUGCUGACCAGCCCGCUGAGGUUGAGGAUGAAGUUGCUGAGAUUACGCCUGAGCAAGUUGCCGAUAAAGAGAUACCUACAGAGGAAGCAGAGGUUACUUCUGCACAGCCCGAGGAGGCUCCUGCGGCCGAACCUGUGGUUUCUGAGCCAGCGAUGGCUGAUGUUAUCGAACAAUCCCCCGAGGAAGCUACGCCUGUGGAGGAAGAGCCGUCUGUGGAGCCGUUGCCCGUACAGGAACCGCCUGCAGAACCUCCCGCCGCAGAGAUGCCCCUCGAUGAGCCAGUCGCUGAAGUACUUGCGAGUGAGCCUACAGCAGACGAUCUAACACCUCAGGUAACGCAAGUGAGAGAAGCUGAGGUGGACGAGGUUGCGCCUGCUGUUCUCCAGAAAGAUACAGUAAUUGCCGAGGACCCAGAGGGGACAGGCGACGGUUCAGACGACAGUGCACCUGCUCCUCCGGAGGCAGCUGUUCUUUCGGAGAUCCCGUCGCCAGAGGCUGCGCCCGAAAACCCUGUAGAUUCUGAAGUGGCCCUGUUUGCAGAGGCAUCUGAGCUACCCGUUGGAGAUUCUGCAGCGCGACACAAUUCCCGCCGGCGGAAGAAGCGUGCUGGUCAUGAGACAGAGCGACACGAUUCGAAGACUUCAUCCGAUGGCCAGAAGAAAGAUCAGCUUACGCGCCAGAAGAGUGAACGCGGCGUUUUCACUAACCGCUGGGCAAAGGCGUUGGAGGAGGCACGGAAGCAGCACGAGGAGAAAAAGAAGGCAGAGGCAAGCAACCUGAAGAAACAGCAGGCGCUAGUCGAGGAGAAAGAACGCAGCAGAGCUCCGUCCUCGGAGAAAUCUGUGAAAUCUCGAAGCUCAUCCACAAAGGAAAAGGGCGAGACAGCCGCAGUGAAAGCACCGCCUGUUGCUGUCCUUGAGACUGAAGUCAGGUCUGAGCCUCAGCCUAAACCUAAGGUUGAUCCUGAGGUGAAGGUCAAAUCCAAGAACCAGACCAAGCGUCGUUCUUCAGAGGAGGAACCAACCAAGUCUGUAAAAACUUCGUCGUCCAAACAAGCUUCAACUUCCUCCAAGCAAGCAUCGACUUCUACACCGAGGCCCCGUGCUUUCCUGCGGUAUAUGAGCAAUGCUCCCAUCGCCACUACUAACGGACUUAUCGUGAGACCCAACGGUACUUCCAAAUCGGCGGCUCUGGCUCCGGCCCCGGCUUCCGACAAACCCAAGCCACGCCGUUCUUCUACGACCCACAGUCACGGUAGUGGUCAUCACGAGCGUUCUUCCAAUGAGGAGAAACGAAGCGCUGGCCGGUCCGAGAAGCCUCAUUCACGACGCGAAGAAGACGUUGUACGGGAGAAGAAGACACGACGACGAAGCUCGGUGGAGGCCGAGGUCGGCAAACCUCGCGAUUCGCGCGAAUCCCGUGAACCCCGCGAGGCUCGCGAACGGGACAGAGAAGCCGAAAGCUCUCGUCGUCCGCACCAGAGCAGCAAGGAUAAAGAGGUUCGAGCUCAUCGACGACAUAAGCGUGACGAAUCUCCGCCCCGAGAGCAAAGCAAACUGAAAGGUUUCUUGAGAGCCAUCACAGCUCACUGA